AUGUUGGCCCAACUUCUCGCAUGUGGCCUGGCAACGCUUGCCGGCGCCUCGCCUCUCACAGCAAGAGGCAUCGUCACGCCUCGGAACCUUAACCUGAGCUGGGAGAUCCUGCCGACGGGUAGCCAGCAGCAGUUCAGAGGCUUGUCCCCGGUCUCGGACAGGAUCGCCUGGGUGUCCGGGACGGGGGGCACUGUAUUACGGACCAUCGACGGCGGCGCGUCCUGGGACUCUGUCGGGCCGGAGCUCACAGGCGACGACGUCGAGCUGCAGUUCCGCGACGUCCAGGCGUUCUCGGCCGAGAAGGCCGUGAUCCUGUCCAUCGGCGAAGGCACGGAUUCGCGCGUCUACAUCACCGCCGACGGCGGCAAGUCGUGGACGCGGACCUUCACCAACGACGAGCCGGCCGCCUUCUUCAACUGCAUCGACUUCGAGGACGACGCGAGGGGGUUUGCGGUCAGCGACCCGGUCGACGGCAAGUUUCGGCUGAUGGAGACGGGCGACGGCGGCGCGUCGUGGAACCUCGUGGACCCCAGCGGCAUGGCGCCCGCGUUGGAAGGGGAGUUCGGGUUCGCCGCCAGCGGGACCUGCAUCUCGACGGCGGCGGGGCGGUGGUAUCUGGCGUCCGGCGGCGUCGACCCGGGAAGAGUCUUCCGGAGUCCGGACGGACACCGAUGGGAGGCAUCAGGCAGUGCGAUUGCCGGCGGUGCGUCGGCCGGGGUGUUCUCGGUACGCUUCAGAGACGCGGUCCACGGCAUUGCGACGGGCGGCGACUUCAACGCGGCGAAUGAUUCGGCUCACACGGCAGCUUGGUCGGAGGACGGCGGAGAGACGUGGACGGCAUCGGAGGUGUUUCCGGGCGGUUACCGAUCGGGAGCGGCAUGGGCGCCGGGGCUGUGCGGAGUGGCCGUCGCCGUCGGUCCUUCCGGGUCCGAUAUCACACUCGACAGCGGGAGGACGUGGAGGACCUUUGAUACGGGCUCCUUUGACAGCGUCGAGUGCCUUCCAGGCCGAGUCUGUUGGGCGUCCGGAUCGCGCGGGAGGGUCGCAAAGCUUCGGCUGGGGUGA